CACUAGUCCACUUUCACAGCCUCGUUGAGACUGUAAUCACGCUUCAUCACUGACCUCUGCUGGUGAACACUUGUCAUAGCUCGGAGAAAACAUGGCUGCCAACCAGAGCUCUGAGUGGAGGGUGGUGUGCGAGAAAUUUCGCCAGGCCCAGGAACUCUCCGAAAUAGAGUCGAGAAAGGACCCAGAGAAUAACCCUUUCCGAUCGAAAUACAAAGCUAGAGAUCUGUUGAAGGAAAUCCUCUGUUCUUUGAAAAAAAUCGAGGAGGAGGGCGAGGCUGACAAUGAAGCGGAUGAGUCCAGGCAGAUGGUGGAUGGAGAACCGGAGAAUGAUUUUGGGAAAGCGUAUGUUGGAGACUCUCCAGCCGGUCUGCGAGCAGCGAGGCUCGCGGUGGUGCAGUACUAUCUCGGCGUGAACCACAUAGAGACCGAGGAGCUCUCAGCUGGAGAGCAGCAUCUGAUGAACUGCAUGAAACUCAUUGACAAGUGCACAACAACACGGGAGAACGUCUCGCUAUUUAUACAGGCCCGGAAUCAGCUCGGCAUUUUGUGGGCGGGAAGAGAUGAGAUUGAAAAAGCACAAGGAUUUCUGGAGACUGCUGAAUCAAUGUAUUUGCUCUACAUGAAAGAGGAUGGUCAGCCACCACUGGAUCUUCAAGACUUUUUUGUGCCAGAGGGAGAAGAAUUAUCCCAACAAGAGAAGAUAAGAAGGUUUGAAAUGGCUUAUACGCACACACUGUAUUACUUGGCUCAAGUGUACAAGAAUCUGCAGCAGUAUGAGAGAGCUGGACAGUACUGUCACAGUACACUACAGAGGCAGCUGGAGUACAAGCAGUUUGUGCCACUCGAGUGGGCCAUUAAUGCAGCCACACUGUCACAAUACUACAUCACCAAGACACGGUACAUGGAGGCUCGUCACUGUUUGGCUGCGGCUAGUGUCAUUGCUACCCUUGCUGGAGAAAUCCCCUCAGAGGCAGCUGCCAAAGAAAGUGAGGCUGAAUGUGAAAAACGUGAAGAGCUGCUGCAGAAGCGAGCCGAAAUUGCCAGAUGCUGGAUCAAAUAUUGCCUUAAUCUUCUGCAAGAUGCGAAAAAACUUCUUGAGGAUAAUGUCGGAGAACUAGACUUAGAUCGGCAGGACGAACUGAAGAGGGCACGUCGGAGUGAAGAGGAAGAAAAAGAGAAGGGAAGAAAGAGCGCCAUCCUUUUUGGUUCAAGCGAUACUUUCGACUCUAUUUGCAGCCUGGAAGAGAAAGUAAGCAGCAUGCUUCCACUGGACUUUGAAGAAGCCCGUGGCAUCUUCCUGGUGGGCCAAGGCUACGUAGCUCAGGCCAAAGAGUAUUUCGCAAUGGAUGGUCACGUGACAGAUCAUAUUGAGAUCUUGCAGGACCAUAGCGCUCUCUUCAAGGUCCUGGCCUUCUUCGAACAGGAUCUGGAACGGCGCUGUAAGAUGCACAAACGCCGCGUCGACUUGCUGGAGCCAAUCUGCAAGGAUUUGAAUGCUCAGUACUACUUGUUAAUCUGCCGGCAACUGCAGUUUGAACUUGCAGAAACCUAUUAUGAGAUGAUGGACCUGAAGUUAGCUGUGGCCGACAAGCAGGAUCAGCCAGACGUGCACACCAUAAAGAAGUUUAACCACUUAUGUUCCUCCUCUAUGAAGUAUUAUCAGAUGUUCCUCGACUCCAUCCGCUCACCAGAGGGCAAGUUUCCUGAAAAGCUUGAGGAUGACCUGCUGAGGCCGGCGUUGGUGGCUAAAUUCCGUGUCGCCAGAUUACAGUCCAAGCUUAUUUCCAGUAACCUGGCUUCUCAACUGGAGAAUCUCAGCCUCUCGCUGGAGUCGUACAACUUCUUAGUGCAAUACUGCGAGGAGAAUCCAGAAGCCAAGAAUGCAGUUGAAACCGAGCUAGAGCUGAGUGUGGAGAUGGCCUCCUUGCUUCCUCUGAAGAUCAAUAGAAUUAGAUCCAAAAUGGCCUCCUCCAACUAAUACGCUGUUGAAAACACUGUAUUUGGCCCCUCACAUAAAUAUGAACAACUGACUACUACACACUACCCCUUGUUUCAUGUCACACCUAAAUGUAUCUAAUGAGCUUUAAUAGGACCACCUUGUAAGAAACUCGUUCAGCUUUUGAAAUGUUGAUGUGAACUGAUGUAACUGCAUGAUUUACAGUCAUUAAUUUAUUUUCAAAGGGCAAUAUACAAUUUUAUUUUAUGUGAUGUUUUUUUUUCAAAUAUUAUGAUUGGUAUGUUUAGCAAGACCAAUACGAAAGAUAUAACUGUACUAAUAUUAAAGCAUUUUAUGCCAAUAAACAAGCCAAAACACUUA